GUAAUAAGAUGGGAAAAGCGAAGAAAAUAAGAGUUUCCAAAGGUGAAACGAAACAAUCAAAAGUGGCUUUGGAAGACCAAAUAGCAGAGGAGAAAAUAGUGAAAUCAAAAAAUAGACAUAAGAUCAGAAUUCGCAAGGACAAUGAUGAAGAGUUCGUGGAUUCGUCUCUUACAAAAAGAAUUUUGUCACAAGCUAGACAACAACAGAUUGAAAUUGAAGAAGAAAAUGGAGUAAAACAAACAUCAGAAGAAUGUAUGAGAAAGCCAAUAGUAAAACUUGGAGCAAACUUCAGUGAUACAGAAGAAGAUUCUAGCGAAGAUGAUUGCAAUAAUUCACAAUAUUAUGAAAACAUUGAAAUUAACCAAGAAGAUGAAAGAGCUAUACAAAUGUUCAUGUCUAAAGAUCCUGUACCUAUGAAAACAUUGGCUGACAUAAUAUUAGAAAAGUUGACUGAAAAGAAAACAGAAAUUCAAACUCAAUUUUCAGAUGCAGGUUCUAUGCAAAUGCAAGAGCUGGAUCCUCGAGUAAAAGCAAUGUACGAAGGCGUUAGAGAUGUUUUAGCAAAAUAUCGCAGUGGAAAAUUACCUAAAGCGUUUAAAAUUAUUCCUAGUUUAAGGAAUUGGGAACAAAUAUUAUACAUUACAAAUCCACCUAAAUGGUCAGCAGCUGCAAUGUACCAAGCUACUCGGAUAUUUGCUUCUAAUCUUAAAGAAAAAAUGGCACAAAGGUUUUAUAAUUUAGUAUUGUUACCUCGAAUUAGAGAUGACUUGGCAGAAUACAAAAGAUUAAAUUUUCAUUUAUAUCAAGCAUUACGGAAAGCGUUAUUUAAGCCUGCUGGUUUUAUGAAAGGAGUUUUACUUCCUCUAUUAGAAUCUGGAACUUGUACAUUAAGAGAAGCUGUUAUUAUUGGAUCUGUUAUUGCUAAGAAUUCAAUACCAAUCUUACAUUCUUCUGCAGCUAUAUUAAAAAUUGCAGAAAUGGAUUACACAGGUGCAAAUAGUAUUUUCCUUAGAAUAUUUGUAGACAAAAAAUAUGCACUUCCAUACAGAGUCGUAGACGGUGUUGUAUUUCAUUUUCUAAGAUUUGAAAGAGAUCCUAGAGAUUUACCAGUUUUAUGGCAUCAGGCAUUAUUAACGUUUGUGCAACGUUAUAAAAGUGAUAUUAGCUCAGAACAAAAAGAUGCAUUGCUCGAAUUAUUGAAAAAGCAAUGUCAUCAUACAAUUACAAAUGAAAUACGAAGAGAAUUACAACAUGCUAAAUGUAGGGACUCAGAAGUUACAGAACCUAAAUCAGAACCAAUGGUUUGUUAA